GGCCUGUAGGCGGUUUGUCUGCACCACCACCUCCUUUCCAUUUGAGCGUUCUGGCCGUCUGACAUUCUUUUCAUACUUCAUUUUUACAAUAAGCUUUCUUCUUUCCAACACCAUCAUGUCUACCAGCUCUCAAACGUUCAACGCUCCUGCCGGUCUCAAAACUGUUGUUGUUCUCGGAGCUUCGUAUGGAGGUCAUAGGGCUGCCAAGGUCCUCGCAGGUGGUCUUCCAGAUGGUUGGAGGGUUGUCGUGAUUGAUAGAAACUCCCAUGCCAACCAUGUAUAUAACCUCCCCAGAUACGCGGUUCUACCAGGACACGAACAUAAAGCAUUCAUCCCUUACGAUAAUAUCUUUAGUAUUUCACCUUCCAGUCCACCUAAAGCUGGCCAUAUUCGUCUGCACGCCCACAUCACCUCCUUAGGUCCUCAUAGUGUGGGGCUGUCCCGUUCUUUCCCUGAAUACGGCAUUGAGGAGCCUUUAUUGCAUUUCGACUACGCCAUAUAUGCUCUUGGAUCCCACCUUCCCUCCCCAAUAAACUUAUGGAGUGCCAAUCCUGAUGCAGAUUUUGAAAAACAUGGAACCCCAAAAUCAAUUUCGCCGUCAUACCAGGGGACUAAACCUGAGGGUAUAUGUUGGCUCCAACGACACCAAAAGCGCGUCAAGGAGGCUUCUAGUGUUUUGAUAGUCGGCGGUGGGGCGUUGGGGAUCCAAUUUGCUUCAGACAUUGCAGCCGUGUAUCCUAACAAACAGGUUACCCUUAUACACUCCAGACGUCGCCUUUUGCCAAAGUUUGAUGAAUCUAUACAUACAGAAAUUCUUCAAUGUUUUGAGGAGCUUAAUGUAGAAGUCGUACUUGGGGAACGUCUCGAUCUCCAGUCUGUACACGAAGGGAAGACUAACGAGGCAGGUCAACGAGUCGUUCGGACUACGACGGGGCGCCAGGUUCCAGCUGACCUCAUUCUGUUGUGUACGGGACAAGUGCCAAACACAGGUUUGCUAGCGGAGAUGGAUCCACGUGCAGUCAUUCCGGACAGUGGUCUAGCUCCAGUUUUGCGAACCAUGCAACUCAAUGUCCCCCUAUCAAACGAUUCCUCGACGUGUGAGCAAGGGUCCCUCUAUCCCCAUAUAUUCGUCGUCGGCGAUGCCGCGGAUGCGUUUGGGGCUAUCAAUGCGGGGCACAACGCAUAUUAUCAGGCUGAGGUCGCUGCGCACAAUGUUCUCAAGAUGAUAAGCAAUCAAGAUUCUUCUCGUCCUGCAUCGUCCGAACUUGCUGAGAACAAACAUGGCAAAGUGGACGAAGAGCUAGGAUGGUAUACACCCGGUCAACCAAGGAUUAAAGUUUCCGUCGGUUUGGCAAAGACUGUGUUUCAAGUUGAUGACGUUGUGGGUACGAAGUCGGAUGGUAUGGAUGAUUUGAACGCGAGUGCAAUGUGGAGUUUCCUUGGUAUGAAGGUGGUUGGCGAGGAAGAUAUGUUCGCGUAGGUUCAUAGAAUAGAUACUUAGAUAAGGGUUAGGUUCAUUAGUCUAGUUUGUGAAUGUCACGGAUGAUGACGCUGAAUGCUUUAUCUCGGCACGACCACGACUACAGUCUUCCCAAGGGCGCUAGGAGUUAUCACCGCAAUGUUGACCUAGGAUCGAAUGAUCAAUUCGAACAAUCGUAUUUCAAAUCAGAGCAGUAAGUUUUUGAAAAUAUGAAGUCUGGCAUAUCACAUACCGAAAU